ACCGAGGUAAAUCUCCCGUACUUGUUUGUAAACAUCGAUUUUGGGCCUAAAUGAUAGAAACUCCGUAGCAAAAGUGUAGAGAAGGACCCUUUGUCAGGUUCUUAAAAAUAAUAAUUUCGGUAUUUCACGUAAAAAUUAAAAUGCCUCAUAUAAAACAACCCAAAGAUAAAGAACCUCUGUGGAAAGACUGGGAUUAUUUGGCACAGAAAAAGGGAGUUCGUCAUACCGUGUACUCAGUAAAUGGGGAUCAGUAUACCGGCGAAUGGCUCGAUAACAAGAAAGACGGAAAGGGUACAUACAAGUGGAAAGAGAAUGGAGCUUUGUAUGAUGGAGAUUGGAAGCGAGGAAAAAGAAAUGGAUUUGGAACAUACAGUAUGCCUGAUGGAAAGGGUGGUUAUAAGAAGGAAUAUUCUGGGGGCUGGAAAAAUGACAUGAGACAUGGAUAUGGAACCCAGUUUUAUACAGAUGAUGAAUAUUAUGAGGGUGAAUGGUAUGCAGAUAAAAGAAGUGGUUGGGGGAGAAUGUAUUAUGGAGAUGGGACAAUAUAUGAGGGCGAGUGGUAUGAUGAUCAGAGAAAUGGUCAAGGAAUGCUUAGAUUAACCAAUGAAAACCGAUAUGAAGGAUCAUGGCGAGAUGACAAGAAAAAUGGCCCUGGUAAAUUUUUUUAUCUCACAACUGGACAGAUAUAUGAAGGUGUCUGGAAUAAUGAUAUUGCAAAAUGUGGAGCAAUGAAAGAUUUUAAUAGAGAUGAAGCACCACAGCCAACAAAAUACCCUAUUCCUGAUGUCAAAUUGUUCAAUUCUGAUGCAGUAUUACAAGAUGCAGAGGAGCAGUUCCUACACGACCAUGAAUAGUAAAUGUUUCUACAUGAUCAUGAAUAUUAAUGUUUCUACAAGUUCAUGAAUAGUAAAAAGUUUGACUGUGCAUUCUGUCAUAAAUUCAUGUACAUCAGAUAUAAACUAUUUUUUAUAUGAAAUAGUUGGAUGAAACCCUUUAUUGUGAUAAAAAAUAUAAAAAAAAAUUUAUAGUAAUUAUUGAAAAGAUUAUGUUGAAAGUGUGAUGAAUGGAGUGUGGUUGGUAAAUUGUUGAUGUGCUUGUUUAUAUGAAUGUAUGCUUGGCUUGUAUUGUUUUAUUAUUAUCAAUUUCCGUUUUUGUCAGAUUCUGUGAAUUUAUAUGAUGAGAGCCCUUUUUUGGUAAAA